UUUUGAAAUAGUUAGAUAAAAUUGCAGAGUAUGCAAUUCAGAUUUAAAUGGCAAUUAAGCUCAUCUUAGAACCAGAAAUGGACAGAAAUCCAGUGUAACCAUGUUUAGAUGAACGUGAGGGCUAAGCGUUGGUCUUGUUAGUAAACCAAAGACGCACAGUUGACUUCUGUGGAAGAGACGAACCAAUCGAAACACGUGUCGAUAUAACAACAUUUUGUUGUUUCUGACUCGAUUCACCGACAACCUUCUUUUGUGCUUGCAGUUGAACAGCUUCGGCCAUUGCUUAAAGUCCAUUAGAUUUCUGUCCAAAACCAAACCAUACAAGUUACAUUACUUAAAUGCUGCAGCUGCAAGAAAUUCCAACUCACAAACUUUAGUUUCUUGCAGAACCCACUUCCAGAAACUGUAAGCUCUCUUUUCAUUCAGUAGUUCAGAAAAAAGACUACUCUUUUACUUAAGCUUAUCGUUGCCAAAGGUUCUAUUUUUGAUCUGAUUUCGCGAAUAUAUUGGUUUGUAUUGCACUUUUGGAGCUCAUUUUUGGCGAGUCAUUUUUCAUUUUUGUGGUUUAUCUAUGAUUACCAAUUGAAGUUCUUUAUAUAUGUAUAAGCUUGUGACAGAAAGAAUGAUUGAGAUUAUUGUUGGUUUUAUCCAAAGUUCAGUUUCCCAUUUGAAGCCCUCUUGCAAAAGGGUUUUGAUUUUUGGCAAGGGAUUGAUAAAGGGUCAUUGUAAAUUCUGGAUCUGUCAAUCCUUCAAUGGAGUUAUUGCAGUUGGUUCGUUUUUGUCUUUCCUAAUUGCCAUGGCAUGCACUUAUUUGUUUCUGUUUCCAAGAUUUCAACCGGUGAUUCGUGAUUUUGAGAUUCCCAGGUCCAAUAAUGUUUCAGUUAAUGAGUGUAAUGUUUUUAAGGGAAGUUGGAUCCGAGACGAAAGUUACCCUAUUUAUAAUGCCUCGCAAUGUCCUUUUGUGGAGUCUGGAUUUAAUUGCUUAGCUAAUGGGAGAAGAGAUAGAGGUUAUACAAAAUGGAGGUGGAAGCCUAAGGAUUGUGAUAUCCCGACGUUUAAUGUACAUCAUAUCCUUGAAAAGCUACGUGGGAAACGAAUUGUUUUUGUUGGCGAUUCAUUGAGUAGAACACAAUGGGAGUCUUUAAUAUGUAUGCUCAUGACUGGUGUGGAGGAUAAGAAGAGUGUUUAUGAAGUCAAUGGGAAUAAGAUCACUAAACAAAUUAGAUUUUUAGGAGUAAGGUUUAGUACAUUUAAUUUAAGAAUUGAUUUUUACCGAUCUGUUUUCCUAGUGCAACCUGGUCAGACACCUAGGCGUGCUCCUAAAAGGGUUAAAUCAACACUUAAGCUUGACAAGUUGGAUGAUAUUAGCAAUGAGUGGAUUGAUUCCGACGUUCUAAUAUUUAAUUCAGGGCACUGGUGGACACCAAGUAAACUAUUUGAAAUGGGCUGUUAUUUUCAGAUUGGUGGUUCACUGAUGCUUGGAUUGCCUAUCACUGCUGCCUUUAGAACAGCUUUAAGCACGUGGGCGUCCUGGGCUGAGAAUUUCAUCAAUGCAAAUAAGACAAAAGUAUUCUUCCGGACUUUUGAAUCUUCUCAUUGGAGUGGCCGGCACCGUCUUUCUUGCAAAGUGACGAGGCGCCCUUCAUCGAAAACUGGAGGGAGGGACCAGAGCCCAGUUUCAGACAUAAUAAUCAAGGCAGUGGAGAAAAUGAUUGUUCCUGUAACAGUUCUGCAUGUGACACCCAUGAGUUCAUUCAGGAGUGAUGCACAUGUCGGUACCUGGAGUGACAAUCCGUCGGUGCCUGAUUGCAGCCACUGGUGUCUGCCUGGGGUGCCUGACAUGUGGAAUGAAAUCCUCUUCUUAUAUCUGCUGUCCAAGAACGAGCUAUUUGCUCCGUAACAACCAAAGCAUGUCUGGCUCCUAUACUUGUAGAGCUUCUAUCCAACUAAUUUCAGCUCACUCAAGAUUUGAAGGACAGAAAGUUCAAUAAAAAUGAACCAAUGAGCAAUUCUGGAAAUCCUGAAAAUACUUGUAUAUUCCUUUGUUGCCCUUGUUCUUUUCAUGAUUGAGAUGUUAUUCCCACUCGGAGCACAUUGUAGCUUAAGAAAUGAGCACAAUGCUGUUAAAGAUUACUGCUUAGAAUGGAGGCUGCAAAUGGUUUGAAUUAUGUGCUCAGACUAACUUCCAUACUAUAUAGAAAGGUUCAAUUCGGAAAAUGGGGCAGGUCUGUAAUGAUUGUAUUAGUAACAGAAAACUCUUCAUUCUUUCUUGAAAUAAAAAUUCCUUGGAAUAUUGUCUUGA